CUCAAGCAAGUAGAGCAGCUGUGCCCACGUCUUGAACACUUUGCAAGAUACUUUUUGGAAGAAUCUUGUGAAGCCUGAGAUGGAAUGCGAAUGCAGCUCCUGUCAGUGCUGCAAUCUGCUCUUGAGCAAAGUUGCCAGCGGAGGCGUACCAGUGUGAUCAGCCCCUUCCUGAAGUACGCGAAGUCUCACUUCCGGGAUGUGUGCGAUGAUGUCGUCGAAUCUACAUUUCUUGACCAAAGAAAUCAGGUUCUCGACUUCCCAUGCUGCCUCGUGGUCCUUCAUGCGAGCACUGAUGAGAGCAUGUCCAAGAUUCUUCACUUGAAUAGACACAGUCAAAUCGUCCAUCGGUUGGCUCGAGGGGGUGUACAGGAGGCGAUAUGGGCGGAAAUCUUGGAGAUCAUGUGGUCUUCUGGACAUUGGCCUUCGCCCCAAAAGGACUUGCAUCCGACCUGCUUGAUGUGUGGAAGGUUGGUCUGCGGCCCCCACAAGCAAAUGGUGCAGCAGCUGCCCUCCAGGCCUCUUCGACGCUUGGCGGAUGAAAGCCCAGUCUUGAAAGUGAAUCCUGAUCGCUUGUGCCGGCGCAUUAGCGAUCCCUGGAUGCUGGAAGAUGCGCCGGUAGUGCGGCAUUGUUUCUGGGAUCCUGAAGACUCUGAAUCCUUGAGAGUGUCAGUGAAGCAGGUGGGAUACUUGGGUUGGGAUGCUGUGAGAGAACACCUCGAGAGCUUCUCGGUGCAAAAGACCGCCGAGCAGUGCCAAUCGCACUGGCGAGAACUCGUCAACGCGGAACACGACGGCACCACGCAGAACACGCUGCGAGCACUGGAGAAUCGGAGCUUGGGAGAGCGAUGGAAACGGAGGGAUGACUCAAUCUCUGCAGAGAUGGAUGCGAUGAUGGAAGAGACUGAGGUGGAGAACGUGGAGACAGACUUGGGCAGCGGAUUGAUUCUUUGGUGCCCCCUGUUGGCUUGUUAUUUGUCGCCGGAAAGCAGCCUAGCUCGACCACCUGCAAGUCUACUACCAGAACAGAUCCAAGAGGAUUUUCUGGUGGGCCUCUCCGCUUUCUUCCGCACGCCUCUGGUGGACCGCACGGGCCUCCUGAAUCAGGAGUGCAGCCUUCGUCUAGCUGUAUUGGAUCCCAUUCCUGACAUGGAUGAAGCCUUCUCCAAAGAUCUGGCCACAAUCAUGGAUCAGCGCGCUGAAUCCUUGCUUUCUUUGGCUGCAGCGAGCAACUGCAAGGUGGAGGUGCUGUGGAGUGGAGGAAUUGACUCGACAUCACUUCUGAUUGCUUUCUUGCGAGCCUUACAGCCUCAUUGGCGGCCCGGCGAAGGCGAAGGAAGAUGCAGAGGAACACUUGACCCUCAAGGAAGCGAUCGCAUGAUCGUGAGAUGCAGUGCUGACUCCAUUGCAGAAUACCCGUGGCCAGCGUCCUUAGUUCGCGAAGCCUUUUCAUCUCUUUCCUUCGUAGAGACUUUCCGAAGCUUCCUCAGGUUUCAUGAGCAGGUGCUUUUAAAGCUACAAGGCGCUGGUGCCAUUGACCUGGAGCCCUUAGCCGACUCUGAGGAGUUCCCGUCAUUCUUCGACGGCGGACGGACGCCGCCCCCUCGCCGCGCGCGACCACGGGCGGUGUCCUUUUCCGCCGGUCCCGUCCAGGAGGUCACGGCACUGUGGGAAGGGCCAGCCUCGCGCCUCACCGUCACGGGCGAAUGCGGAGAUCAGAUCUUUGGUUCGCAGCUCCUCGAGGCUGCUUUCGUGAAGUCGGAGCUGCAUGCCAUCUACGAGCAGGGCUUAGAUGCUCCAUGGCAGGAGACCCUUUUGCCAUGCCUCCUGGAGAUGGGCGUCGUGAGGCCUGACCAGAAGGAACGUUGGCUCGCCUGGUUCCUGCCAUUUGUGGACAGAUGCCCGGUGAAGAUUUCGACCACCUUUGAUUUGUUGUGGUGGUUGAAUCUGGCAUGCAAGUGGCAGACGGUUUGCCUGAGGCUCUUUCAGAGGAGACCCUCUUUGUCAUGGGCCGACUUGAAAAGGAUUGUCCACUUCUUUCAGACCGAGGACUUCCAGCAGUGGUCCUUUCGUCCCGAGCAUCAUGCCGCGAAGAUGCCCGACCACCAACGAUGGUCCUCCUACAAGCAGCCCUUGAAGGAAUACAUUUUCGAGUACACUCAGGACACGAACUACUUCGAACACAAGCUCAAAGCGGGGUCUCUUUGCCAGGUGAACGAUGCAAGUCAGUUUGUAAUCAUGGGCGUGGAUGACCAGCUCAACAUCAUCCGAUUUGGGGAAACCUGCUUGAGCAAGCGGCAAAUGGAACGGAUGUAUCCGAACGACGGCUUGCGCAAGGCCUUUUGGAAAAGUCGAGAAAUCGAGGCCCAAGCCGAGCGAGUGGUCUGACCCGCAGGUUUGGCAACAAGCGUUUUGGUGCAGCUCAGAUUUGUUGAGAUUGAAGCGAGGAAGCUAUUGGCUCAAGACAUGGGCAUGGC